CGCCCAUCCGUCAUCCGUCACAUCCGAGGAUGUCGCCACACUUAAAGGCGACGGCCUUCACUUCCUUCAUCUAUACAUCCUUGUUCACAAACGAUGAUGCAGAAUAUCGAUAACAUGCCAUUUUGGGGAUCGCACUCUACUUUACUGUCCCUCUAUCAUUUCCUUUGGCAACAACAAAACCAGUCUGUUGUGAAGCGAGGGUUGAAAUGUUAUGCUAUAGAUUCGGAGGGAUCCCACGGGGUGUACCCACUCACCUUCGACGCUAUUGAUCUAUCUGGAUGCCCUGGUGCCGAGUUACCAAACGGAGCAACUUCCAUGCUCAUCCGUUCAGAGUAUGAAUCACUCUUUGAAAACAUCUCCGGAAUCGAGCGCAAUUUCGUAGUGCAUGGAUCAGCAGGCAUUGGAAAGACACAUUUCUUAGCAUAUCUCCUCGUCAAACGACUUCUCGCUCGUCAACCGGUGACGUAUCAAAUUGACCAACUACACUCAUCCGUCAUGUGCUUCACCGCGGACGGAUUCUUCACCCUCCCGCAGGAGAGCAGCGAGUAUCACCCGCUGUUCCAACGCGAAGAUGUGUGGCACCUUAUCGAUAGCACACAUGAAGAUCCUACCACGCACCCAAACACUGCACACACUCAGGCAUUGAUGUGGGGCACGUGCGGCAAGGCCAUCUUCACCACGUUUUGGCCGGACAGUCUGGGCUUCAAAAUUGACUGGUCACCUGGCUAUGAAGUUUCUCUUCAACGGUGGAUGAAACCAUGUACUUGGGACGAGAUCGUUGCGAUGAGUGCUCUUACGGCAAAUAAGCACGACAAGCACGAUCCAGAGGCCCUGCGAUGGUCCUACACCCAUUUUGGGUCCAACGCGCACGCCUGCAUACAAGUGUCUCGCCAUCCCGGCCGCGCUGAAUAUUACCUCAACGAGCUGGAGUACGCUCGCGAUAAUUUUUGGUUCCAGCAUCCCAUAUUGCGCGAACAUGAAGCCCUAUUCAACCGUAACCUAUUCGCCGUACAACCCGGAGAUACCCGCACAGAGCCACUGCCCUAUCCGGUCUCACAAGUUGCCAGCAGGCUCCUCGCAGAUGGCAUCGCUUCCUUAGACCCUUCCACUGCUAAGGACGCUGUCUGCAACCUGCUGAACUCAGGGGACACUGAGGAGUCGGGCAAGAUAUUCUAUCGUCAGGCUGCGAUAGCUCUUAUGUCCAGGUUCGGAGGGGCCUUCGAACUCGGAUGUCCCGACUCACAGGGGCAUUGCCAGCCAGCACACAAAGACCUAAACUUGUGUGCCAAGCUUGACCUCGUGAAUAAGGAAGAGCGGGCUAUACUGCUUUCAAACUAUUCAUACUCCACCCAAGGCGAACUUGCAGCGCUAGCGAAGAAUUAUCCGCACGUUCUUCACUCGCCAAAGCAUGCGCUCGUGCACCCAGGCAUUGAUGCAAUCAUGUUCGACGAUAGCACCUCCACGGUCUGGCUUAUGCAGGUGACGUAUGGACACCCGCGCCCGAUAUCUCCCCAGGGCCUGCUCUUCCUGCUCAGUGCUGCAAGAGGCACCGCCUACGAGCCAUCCCCCAUCCGCCCCUGGAAUCUUGUAUUCGUAUCCCGCGAGCAGGCAACUACAGACUCCUUCCAGCUAAGUGGGUCGAAAAAGACACAAUUUUUUUACUCUGUAUUCUGGGACCCACGCAUCAAACCAUACGUCAUGCAACUUCGUGAUGCGGAUAGCUCUUCAAGUGACGCGUACGAGCAGUGGGGUUUCCCUUACAAGAUCCCACGGAAGCAUUCGCUCAGCCUCUCACGGCGCCUCGCAAAUCGACUGGUGGAUCUGUUACAUAGGUCUCGGCGGGAAACUGUACUAGACAGUGCAGAUCAGGUGACUGCAAGGCUUUGGAGUACGACUAUACAGACGUCGGGGGUGCCGGGAGCUCAGUUGCUUGGGGAGAUGACGAGAGAGCAGCCGGUUGGCCCCAAUGGAUUUCAUACGCGAAUUCCUAUGAGUAACACGGAGGAGGAUUAAUGAGUCUAUCACGAUCCUUUCAACUUCAGCGCGCGCGUUGCAGGACGACACUCUUCGUUAGUCGGCACUUGUCGGUUCGCGUGUGAUAUAC